AUGUCGUCUGACCGCCCAACCCUUGGAGUAUGUUCUCCUUCGCGGGAGUGCUUGGCUCUUUCUUAGCCUGUCCACGAUUAUGUGAAAACACUCAAACUGAAGUCCACUUCAGUCGGGAGGACAAAGUGGACAUUUAUAAAGAAUCCUGAAUCUUGAUUAGUUGACUUAAGUAAAGUUUUGACACCAAUAUUUUGUAGCUGUUUCUUAAAGUAUAAAGUACUGGAAGUGAAAAUCUUUUCCAAUCAUACAGUAAAGACGAUGUCGAUCAGAUGACACCCAUUUUUCAGUUCGCCGGCGCUGGCUCCAUUUAUAACAUGCUUCAUGGAGGGUCUGAAUCUAAUGUUUUGAUUUUUUUCUAGGUGUUGGUCUCAAGCCUCUGGAUUAUCCCAGACUUAUAGUCAAACGACUUUAAUUCUUGCAGCAUUUACAUGAGUACAUAUGUAAAUGCGUUUGUAUGCGUUGCAGCGAAGUCCAUCAGAUUAUAAGCUUGCGAGAACUGAUUCAAACGCGCGUUUCCUAGUGUUCUGCUGCAUGCGCUACUUAGUUUCCUACGUACGUUCAAAGCCUGUCCAUUCGCGACUUGUGGAAGAUGCCUGUUGAUGGCAACAUUGCAAUAAGCAAUGCACUACUAGUGUACUGAACGGAUUUCUGCUCUAGAAACAGAAUGCAUCUUCUCUCACCGUUAAAACAAUAGAAUUCCCAUUUUAUGGGUAAAAUUUGAAGAUAUUGCAUGUUGUUCUGCCUUGAAUGGUUUUUUACUAAAAGGUGGAUAAGUCAGAAAUGACCAUCCCAGUGCUUCUUACUUUGACCGUAAACUGUCUCGACAGGCUUUCCAAAUCAGGAUCGACAAGCAAACAUCAUUUCUGACAGAAAAGUUAUCAGGAUUUUAAAAGUCAAAGCAAAUUAUAGACCACCCUGUAUUUAGAGAUGAUCAGCUAUCAGAUUAGAAGUCCUGUGCUUGUUCUUUGCGCCUGGAAUAUUUAGCCGGCAGCUGUUAUUCACCCUAUUCUUUAUCGAAAGCACGUCUGCGCAAAGUGACCUCUAGCCUUCCUUUUGAUCACUUUCGUAAAGAUUGGCCCAUUAGUUUCGAGUGAAUGACUAUUUUUCUGGCCAGCUUUAUAAAUGCGUCUGAUGCCUGAGUGACUGUGGUUGGCGAACGAAUUGGCUUGCAACCAGAAGGACCUCAAAAUGCCUCUUUCCCUAUCACAGAUUCUGAGCCAGUAGACUGAGCUCUGACAGGUGUAGAUGAAACUGAGCGCGUUCGGCGACAGCGAAGCGUUCACCUGUCUACUCACGGCGCACAGGACCUAGUUCUUCAUAUUCCCGUCUAGCCGUCAUCUGUUCUACAAUCUGCACGAAAAAGAACUCACAGACAAUGCAGCCAUCUAGUCCUUUUGGCUUCCAGUUACUUGCCCUCGGCUCUUUAUAAAUUCCGUUUAUUCGUAAAACAGGUUGACUAAGAAGUCCGGCAAAGCAACGCCCUGUCUAAUUAACCGGCAGCGUUCUCGAGCGUGGAUCCGUUUGGAGGGGCGGGUGGAGGGGGUGGCGAGAAAACCCUAUCUACAAACGUUGCCGCGGGCAAAAAUUCAUUACGCAAUAACGUUCGCGUGACUGAUUUUCCCAUAAUAAGGAGAAAUAUCGGAUUGUUUUACUCUGCUUCCUAGAAAACCAAAGUCUGAAAGGCUAUCUUAUAAGUUGUCAUUGGCAUAGACUGUCCAACCGACAGAGAGGUGAAGUGACGGUGGAAGAAUGCCUGUAUUAGAAAUUGUGUUUAUUAUAUGUCGUCAGUUGAAACUGAAUGAAGUAGUAUAACAAGCUUUUGGGCAACGAUUGGGGGAAGGCCCCCAAACACACACGACCAGCCAAAGGUGCCCGUCUUACGGGGAAGGGGGCAAUAGGGAUUUUACGGGCGGGGACUGUGUAUGUACAGAGGAAUGGCAAAAUAAGUAUAGAUAAUUGGUAAAUUUGUCUGAAAGAUUGUCUUAAAAGUUGCCAGUGGCAUGGACUGUCCAGCCAGCAGAUAAGUGAAGGGACAAGGGAAGACUGCCCUCAUUGGAAAUUAUGCUUGUUAGAUGUUGUCGGCUGAAGCCGAAUGAAGUAGUAUAACGGCCUUUUUGCUUUGUUUAACGAUGUCACUCCUCCCCGAAGCUCGCCAGCUGGGAUGUCCAGCUGGGUCAAAACGACUAUGGAUCCAGAGACGAAAGUUGCUCUCGCGGGGGGUUUAUCCAGCGAUGCGAGUGAACAAAGGCUCAAGGACGGCAAGCAACUCCUAGUUUUGACUAAAAUUCGGUCCAAAGAUCUCACUGUACCACCCGGAGCAGGAACUUUUGAAGAUUUAUCUAAGGAAGGAAAUAUCGAAUAAUCUCAUCGAAAAGAAGUGUCCUAGCUUGCUCCGGCACUUUAAGUUGCCUUCUGCCUGACUAACAGGGAUGCGUGUCUAAGCGUUUUUCACAAGUUCUAUUGCAUUUUUUUACGUUAUCAUGUCUGGCGCCCAGUCCAAUCGUAAGUUCGGUUAGCAAACGCUGAAUACGACGGUGCCACUACACGCUGCAAUGUUCGGGAACUUAUCAAAGCCUUAUUUUAGCAGUCGGACGUGACCAAAUCUCUUGUUAAAAUGUGAGUCACUUUGUUAGACGUGAAUGGUCCGACAUGAAAAGAACUCGCCUGCUACCCCGUCCCCAAUGAUUUUCUUCCUCCACCGCUUGCUCCGGUUAAACUUGCACUCCUGCCACGAGGACUUUACAUAUUACCUACAUUUGUGUUACUUUCAGGAGAUGACUUGUCGAUGUCUACUCAUUAAUUUUCUGGAUGGCCACGGGAAUACGGUGUCCCGUAUUACAGGUGACCCUGGGCUAAAUUCCGUCAGGGAUAAGGGUUAGUGUUAGAUUUAGGGCAAGUAUUAGGGCUACAGUCAGUGACCAAUCUCAUAAAGUGUUAACCGAAAUACUUAUAUGCAUUUUCUUCUAUGAAGGACUGCUUAAGUGGAGUUGUAACAUUGGUGAACGUGUGGCGCAACCUUGUGAUAUUUCAGACAUACCAGGAUGUCGGCUUUUUAAUGUCCUUCUUUUCGGUCACCUUUAAAAACUGCAGUCGACAAACAAUGACUACUCAAGUGGCAUGCAUUUUCUCAAUUGAUUUUCAAUGCCCCUAUAAACUCAAGUAUUUUUCACAUAAAACGCGUGCGAAAAUAUUCUUUCUUGCACUCAUUCGCUAGUUAAUAACGUUUUCUUCAAUUUUUUAUAUUUGAAGAAAGGAUAACAUCUGGUUUAAAAAGUUUUCGGUUAUGAGAAUUUCAAGACCCUGCAAUGUCCAUUCGAAUAACAUCGUAUCUGUCUGUCUAAUAAUGCUUCUCAUUAAGUAUGCAACAUAGUCCAAAUCCGUUCUAAUAUUUUAAGAGCCCCAUGUGGUAUUUUAUUAAUCGUAUAGAUGGAUGUAGAUUUUUUACGCAGAAUACAUAUAGCUCAGAGACUGAAAACUCUAAAUGAAAAUGCAAAGACAGGUAGAGUUCAAAUUAUUCGGACAUUGAAAAAUUCUUUGUAAAACCAGACAAUACCCUUUUUCAAAUAGGACAUUUAAAGAAGACAUGAUUUGUUGCCAAAGGAGUACAAAAAACAAAAUUUUUGUGGGUUCUAUAUGAAACAUAUUUGAAUUUACAAGACCAUCGAAAAUCGAUGGCCUGGGUGGUGACCCGCAGUUCCACCUGAGAUUAAAAUUUCCAAUCCCAACCGACGGCUUGCAGGCCCCCAAAAUAUGUGAAUUAUUCGUUCAACUCAAAGCCGCUGGUAACUUUAAGGGUCAGCUGUUUUAACCCUGAGUUGGGGUGAUGGUGGGGUGGUGAAAGUGAAUAAGUCGGAAAUAACUUUGAUGGUUUCCUGUUCCAUUUUUAACACGCCCCCUAGAUAAUAGCAUCCUCGCAAGUGCAUUUUUGCCGCUUUUUCCAAGAGACUUACAGAGACCUCGCAAAUUCAGUUUCUUAGAGAAGAGUUGACCUCCAGUCACAACUCGCGGCUGUAUAGGCUACUCCUCUAUCAAAUGCCACGGCCAUAUUGUUGCGUGUUUCAUCAUUUUCCAGGUGCCAUGUAAUUUGCAAUCUACUAGGAAAGGGCUACUGUGCGAUUUCAUAUAUCAGUAGUAUUCAUACUCCAUCGUUUGUAGUAAGGCGAGGAUUGUCAACUUAAACUGACCGAUAAUCUUUUUGAUUGUGCAAAGUUUUCCGUUAUUACAGAAUGAGCAUGAACAAGAGCAUUAAGUGCUUCCGCCCCUGCUUUUAGAAUAAAACAUGUCGCUUUUAUACUGCUAUUUUCAGUGGAAAGACCACGUAGGUCUCACACCGACAAGUCAAUAAUAGGCCGCUUAUUUAAUGCAGGUAAAGGGCCUUCAACACUUUCUCGGGAUAACUUAUAGGCUAAACUUUAGACACCUUUUUCGCUAAUUCUCUAAGGCUGCAGGACAAAAUGGUGAGAUUUCCGUUUAAUUUUCCCCUCCAGCAUUUCACACAGGAUUUCUUCCGUAACUGAGUUUUUGCGUUAUACCUGUACUUGGAGUACUGUAAAACACUCCCAUUUACGGUCAACCCUUUCUUCCUGAGGCCUAGGCAAACCACACGUCGAGUUCCUCAGAGCAGCUCUUCUCUUCCCUCUUAUUCUCUUUCCAUUUAGGGCGCCUUCACGCUGAUUCUAGAGGCCUACAGAAUACAACCUCCAGGUGUGGCCCUGUCCAUGAUCGACCAGACAGUUUACCGGCAUAUUCUGCUGCCAACAACCUCAAGGGUCUGGCGUCCCCUCGUCAUCAGCUCGCCCAGCUCAACAUACGAGCUGGCCAUCCAAUUUCAGUGCUCUCCAAAUCACUACGGACACGACUGUUCCAGGGUCUGCGAGCCUGUCAAAGAUCGUUUCUCCUGCGACCAGCAAGGACGCAAGAUCUGUGUGACGGGAUGGAGCGGCCAGCACUGCGACAAACGUGAGCACUUGUGAAUGCUGUUGUCUUCGCAUUAACUGACUGUACCUUAUACAGUGAGUGACCGAUCUCAUGAAAUGUUGGCUGUAAUUCUGAAAUGCGCUUUCGAUUAGGAAGGAUUACUUAGGCGCGGUUGCGAUACUGAUUAUCUUGCGGUAUAAACGUAUAACAUUCCUAACUCGGCAGGAUGUCAGCUUUUGAAUAUACUCCUUUUCAAUCUCCUGUAGACGUCGUACUUGGUAAAAAAUGACUAAUUACGUAGCAUGCAUUUUUCCCAUUGAUUUUCGGUGAUCUUGCGAAUUCAAAUAUAUUUUAUAUAAACCACGAACAAAAAUAUGCUUUAUUUCGGUCCUUUGAUAGAGAAUCACGUCAUCUGGAUGUUUUAUACACAAAGACGGAGUAUAAUUAGGCUUAAAAAGCUUUCUAAUAUCCGAAUAAUUCGGAGUCUGGUCAGUUGUUGGAUUAGUGCUUAGUGAUUUCAGUCUACAAGGUGCAUGUGUUCCGCGUAAAGAAAAUCACAUAUUCUUCUAGGCCUUUAAAAAGAUAUCAUACAGAGUCCAUAAAGUUUUACAAUGGAUGCGGACUAUGUUGUACAUUUCAUGAGCAGCGGUGGUGAACGGACGGGUUCGAUGCUCAAAAAAUCUCGUAAUUAUAAACUUUUUGAAAGCCUAAUUGUACUCCUUUUUCGAGUAUAAAAUAUAAACAGGACAUGAUUUCCUGUCAAACGACUGAAAGAAAGCAUAUUUUUGUUCGUGGUUUCUAUAACAUAUAUUUGAAUUUGCAAGAUCACCGAAAAUCAGUGGGAAAAAUGCAUGCUACUUAAGUAGUCAUUCUUUACCGAGUACGCUUUCUACAAGAGAUCGAAAAGCAGUGUAUUCAGAAUCCGACAUCCUGCUGAGUCCGAAAUGUUAUAAGAGUAUGCCGCAAGCUAGUCAGUAUUACAACCGCGACCAAGUAAUCCUUCCUAAUCGAAAACGCAUUUCAGAAUUUCAGCCAACAUUUCAUGAGAUCGUUCACUCACUGUAAGUCCAAGUAAACAGGACUGGAAGCGCAAAACAUUGUGGGCAAUAUUGAAAUUCGACCGACACUUGCAUUUAACACCUAAAUGUUUGGUGUCAUCCUUGAACUCUUUCAACCGCAGUUAGCCAACCUGUUAAAAUUGAUUUUUCGGGCUUCACCCUUGCGAGUUAAUCGAUAUGGUGAAGACAAAUUCUUGCAUACCCAAGAGCAAACGGUUUCGAGGAGCCCCUAAUUCAAGUGUAGGAGGGCAAAAAGUGGGUCAGUUGGUCAACGGAGGAGUAAUCAAGCCCUAGCAGGGGAUGCCCAUGAACAAGAAUGGAGAAGACUGAAGAAUAUCCAGAAUCUUGAUUUAUUGGACGUAUGAAGCAGAAUGCACCGCUUUUCCUCAGUGUUCCCAUGCUAGUGGUCAAUGCUCCCAGUGCAUUUUUGAAUCAUGUUCUGUCGAAUGUGGUUAUGUAGCCCCACCUGAAGUAAACAGACCCCAGUCACCUCUAAUACGAGACCGGUGGAAAUAGGGGUUUCUACAGAUGGGGUCGGGGAACGCACAGGUAACGAGGUCAGGUAGUUGUGUGCAGAAGAAAAGCUAUUGGGAAUGCGCGGUUGUACUUUGAAUGGUUGAGAAAUAGUUGAGCUUACCCCUAACUAUGACCCUUUAUCCUAAACCCUAACCACUAAGCAUAACCCUCUAGCCCUUACCCUCAACCGCAACUCCAACAGUAUUGUGUCCAUCUGGUGGGGCCACCAAACCACAUCUUUCCUCAUGUUCUGACAAACUUGGCAGAUCGUGCUGUUUGACGUAAAUAAUUAGCUACCAAUAAUCCUUGACUUUUAAAACCGAACUCAAUAAGUCUGGCUAGCAAACUGCACGGCUAAAUCAGAUAAGAUUUUAGGUACUCUCUCUCUCUAUAUAUACCUAUGGAGAUUUGCCUCCGUACAGAUUUAUGUGUAUGUAUAAAACUAGUGGUCUCUCAAAGGAGUUUGUCGCAACUAUUUACUGCUUGUUAAACAGGACAGUAAGACUACCGCAUAAAUGAGUAGAGUAUUUUUACGCUUUACAGCAAUCUGCCGCAAAGGCUGCCAUGAUAUACAUGGGAGUUGCAAGACGCCUGGGGAAUGCAAGUAA